CGCUUUUCGCCAACAAGGGCUGCGAUUCUCCAAGUUUCUUUAAAACUUUCUGUGCAUUUAAAAUCCAUUUUAAACAUGAGCAUCCCGGUGGUGGACUUCCGCUCCUACAGUCUGGGAGAGAAGGAUGUGCGCGCGGAUCAGCUGCAGGAGCUGAGUGGGGAGCUGAAGCAAGCCUUCACGGAAAUAGGAUUUGUUUUCCUCCAGAACUCAGGGAUAACCCCGGAGGAGGUGAACAAAGUCAUGGAAAUAGACAAGAAAUUCUUCCUGCAGCCAGAGGGACUGAAACAUCCCUUCAGCAGGCAGAGCUUCCCCAAAAGUCCCAAUCAUGGCUGGGUGUCCCUGGAGACCGAGAAGCUAAAUCCCAAACGUCCUGGAGACCUGAAGGAGUCUUUCAACACGUCUUCUUUUCACCCUGAUAUUAAAUGGCCUUCAGCAGAUUUUCUGGAGAUCCACAGGUCUUUUUUCCAGCGCUGUAAAGAGCUGAGUCUGCGUGUUCUCAGGGUGAUGGCCCUCAGUCUGGGUCUGGAUCCUGAUGUGUUCAUUCGUGCACAUGCUCUAAUAGGAACUGAUGAAAAUAAAACAACUCUGCGCUCCCUGUACUACCCUCCAGUGAAGACAGCCAAGGAAAAUCAGCUAAGAUGUGGCGAGCAUUCAGACUAUGGCAGCAUCACUCUGGUGUUCCAGGGCUCUGACGGGCUGCAGGUUUGUGCACGCUCAGGGGAAUUCAUCGCUGCCCCGGCGGUCUCUGGAGCCGUUUUGGUCAACAUCGCUGACCUGAUGCAGCGCUGGACUGCUGAUCGCUUCAUCUCUGUGUGUCACAGGGUUUUGCUGCCCCCUGAAGGAGACUCCUGCACUCGUCAGUCCCUGGCUUUCUUUGUCCAUCCUGAUGAUGAGGCGCUGAUCAGCUGCUGUGAUGGCUCAAGCAAAUACCCACCGAUCACAGCAGGUGACUAUGUCACUCAGCGCUUUAACGAAACCUACGAACAGGCUGAAGGCUAAGAGUUUCAUGAGGAGUUGUAAUCCCAUUCUGAGAAAAAGAGUAAUCACUGAUAUAGAGAACACUCUGGAUUUAUGGUGCAUCUGGACUAAACUGGAUGGCACUAGUCUAGAAAUGAACCAGUUUAUAUUCAGUAAUCCAACUCAUCUAUCAAAACUGAGUGUGAUGCUGAGACCAUAUGAUUAUUUUCAUAAAUGCGAGUAAAUGAAUUCAAGUGCUACACUUGCAAGCUGAUUCAAUUUCUUUGCAUGAUUUUAUUCAUGUACAACAGUUUCAUAAUUUCAUUGCACAGAAUAGGAAAAUGACUUUGCUUCUGAAUGAGGAAAAAAUGUUUGCACAAGGUAAAUAAAAAUAUGGUUAAGUUACCUCUUCAUAAAAAAGAA